GAUAGUUACAAAAAGCAAAAGAAAAUAUCAAAUAAAUAUUCAAUCAUUUCAUUCAUAGUUUCAUAUACUGAAAAAUUGGAAAAAUGGCAGCAGCAGCAGUAGGAGCUUCUUUCAACCACGUCUCUAGAGAAUCCUCCGAUAUCGAACGCCUUGCCAACUUUUAUCAACAGAUAUUUGGAUUUGAACGAAUAGAAAGCCCAAAGUUUGACUUCAAAGUGAUAUGGCUAAAACAAUCUCCAUCUUUCUGUCUUCACCUUAUCGAAAGGGACCCGAAAACCAAGCUUCCAGAAGGUCCAUGGAGUGCCUCUCAUGAUGCUGUUGCUGAUCCUACAAAGCUUUUUAGAGGUCAUCAUCUUUGUUUUGAUGUUGCUAAUUUUGACUCCUUUCUCAAAGCCCUCAAGGAGAAAGGAAUUGAGACACAUGAGAGGACUCAACCAAAUGGGAAAACCAAACAAGUCUUCUUCUUCGAUCCUGAUGAUGAUUUUUUGAGCAGGGUUAACGACUCGCAUUCUACGUUUUCACCAUUAGGAUUUCUGAUCCGUGCUUUGUACAAAGAUAACGGAUCCAAGUGAUAAUGGAUGUGUAACCUAGCUAUUAACCAAGAAAGUAUAUAUGAUAUCAGAUUGAGUCAUGAUUUCCACCAAAGUAGAUAGAUUAUAAAAUAUUAUUAUCAACCUAAAAUUAUGUUAGGAUUCACAUAUGGCCGUUGAUUCUAAAUCAAUAGUUGAGGCUUUCAUAAACACGGUAUUUUUCUUAGGUUAUAUUGUUAUUUAAUUUAUGCUAUUUCUUUUGAUUACGUUCCUAUUUCAUGUAGGUAUUAUGUGCUCUUUCGACUCGUCUAAUCUUUUAUUCUUCUUAUAUCAUGUUUCCUGUUUUCAUUAAUAAAGACUGGUUUUCAUUUGAUUUGACUAUGUGGUUGUGAGUUUCGCCGGACUUUUUGGGAGGUAAAGAUGGGGAGAAGGUGGCUGGGGGAGAAGAGAUUUAAUUUACAAA